AUGGAGCCCGUCAAGCCGGCCCUUCCCCAGAAGGAACGGGGGGGCCCCCGGGACCUAGCUGAGGGCACGCAGCCCCAGCAGCGCCAUAUCCAGCCCGAGGAAAAGACGAGGCCCCUCUCCAAGCGCAAGAUUGGUGGCCCGGGCAAGGGCAGUGUCAGACUCGCGUGGGAUCGCUUCUUCAGGAUAAAAAUGUGUCCCUGGAUUGCUGAGGGCUGUUGCCGGCACGGCGACUUGUGCAACUAUGCACAUACACCCGAGCAGCUCAGGCCCUGGCUGCCCCUCUACAAGACGAAGCUCUGCGAUGCGUUUAAGAGGGGUGAAUGCACCAACGAAGAAUGCAACUUCGCACAUGGGGCUGAGGAGCUGCGCCACACUACUGGCUACUACAAAACCGAACUUUGCCAGUUGUGGCUAGCUGGCAGCUGUCCGUCGCGGGAUGUUUGCCGGCACGCGCAUGGUGUGGAGGAGCUGCGCCCUAAAACUCAGCUGGCUCGCAAGAACAUAGCGCUUCUUUUGGGCUCGCAAGCACAGGGAACAACAUCGAAGGAAACAACAACUGCAACUGAAGAAGAGGACGCGACAGCAGUGGGGGGUUCUCUCGGGGGCCAGGGAUCAAAGGGUUCCAAGCAGCAGGACGGGGCCUCCGGGGCGGGAGAUGCUUGCAGCAAGCGUGUGGAGGAGGCGGCGAAGGGCUCCCAAGGCGACAGUGAAAACAAAAAAACAGCAACUGAUGAAGCACUGGGAGAGGAAGAACAGCUACAGCGCGCACUACAUCGACUCAAGCUGAACAGCCUGACAGACCGCCAACCACAAACGUCUGAAAAUGGACGCGACUCCGCAGCCUGCCCCACAGGCCAGCAGCAGCAGCAAGAGGAACAGGGCGAGCAGCAGCAGCAGCAGGAGCAGCAAGAACAGCAGCAACAACCCGUGGCAGUUAAUGGAGUAACCCAUAGCUCAUCUUUGAGCAGCGCAAUCCCCGCUAGAAGGAAAACGGGAGGAACGCGCAAGGUACCAAAGCAGCAGCAGCAAGAUGGAAGCUUGCACCAGCAGCAGCCGCGACAGAGGCGAGCUGUGUCUCCGCGUGCGUUGAAGCAGAGCGGGUCGCAGCAGCAGUCGCAGCAGCAACAACAGCAGCAGGUGCAGCAGAACGGAGGGGCCCGUGUACUGCGGGGUUUUCGCCUGUCGCGUCAGGGCCUGGAGACCGCGUCUCCGGGAGUCGUUUCUGCUCAUGGAGGGGCCCCGUACCCCGCAGUAAACUCUAGCAAGGUGGUGGGACACCACAAAGUGUCGGCGGACUCUGCACUGGGAACUCCGCAGUCCCUCACUCCCGCGUGGUGCCUCGUGAGCUCCCCGUCGCCUUCAGUUGAGGAAGGAUGUUCUGCAGAAGAGGGCACUUGGCCUUUAGGUUCCCCCUUGCACCAGCUGCCCCCGUGCGGCCCCGCCUGCACGUGGGGCGCUCUGGCUUCUGCUGUGCCGCCGAACUUGCAGCAGCUACCGGGAACGCCCCAUCAGCACUUCGGAUGCUUUGCCCAGAACGCAUGCGAGCUUACCAACGCCGUGCCCCAUUUGCAGGCCCUCUUCCCCUUCCCCCCGGCUUCUCAGGGCCUCGUCGCCCCUUGCUUUUGCCAGCGCCACCCCAAUGCGGAGCUCCUCCACCGCCAGAUGCAGCAGCAACAAAUGCAACAACAGCAGCAGCCACCUCAGCAGCAGCAUGGGCACAGUCAGCACGCUCCAUGUGUGUGCCAGUUCACAGCGGCCUGCCCAGUUCCUCCCUCGGGUGCUUUCUUAAACCCCAUAGCACGGUCGGUGCCCCUCGCGUCAGCAGGCAGUGUAGGUUGGGGGCCUCUGCUGGUUUCGCCUCCUUUCUGCCUGCUACAGAGCCCUACUAGCUGUCCCCAGCACGGCUGUGUGGUUCCCAGAGCCCCCCAGUGGCAUGAGGGCAUGGGAGCCCCUGUGCAUGGAGGAGGUGCGGAGAGGAUAUUCUGCUGGAUGCAGCAAGUGCCCCUAAAAGAUCUGCAGAUGGCUGCAUCGGUGGAGCGAUAUGAGGACUGA